AUGUUUGUUCUCGUGCUCGUCCUCUCCAUCUUGACGGUGCGGCUUCUCCACAAAUCUUCGUCUCCGAUUCGCUUCACUUUUGCAAGCAUCUCUGAUCCAACUUCAACAGCGCGGCUUCUUCUGUGCGAACUUGCUCCGAUCUCAGAUUCCAAUUAUUUUUUUGAGUCGCUUCGAUGGUGUUUCAAGCGCGACGGAGAUGAUGAGAAGUCGGAGAGCAUCUUCAAUAAUUGCUCAUCAAUGAAAAUCUUCAAUCCUGUGAAGUUACUAUUGAUAUUGCGGAUUUUCUGCGAAGGAACAGAUCGGAGUUUCUGCGAAGGAACAGAUCAGAGUUGUUAUGAUUUUGAUGAUGAAUAA